AUGAAACGGUUUAUUAUAUCAGAGAGUUUUGUUCUCUCUCUCAUGGCAACUAGACUCUGGUUAGAAAAUUCUUGUGAAGUUGGUGUCUUUUCAAAACUUACCAAUGCCUAUUGGUUGGUUGCCAUUGGAGCCUGUGAAAGUUUCUACAGGUUUUAUUUUGCUUUAUAUUUAAGUUUUUUCCCCAUCACUCCAUCCGUUUGGGAAGUGAAAGAAGAAGGUGAAGGCUCUGGAGCUGUUAAAGAAGAGACUGCCCAGACUGUUGUCGUCAUUGAGCAUUGGUAUUUCACUCAUUUUAUUUUUGAGAUGGGGAUAUACCUGAGCGCUCCAAAAACUGAGAAGGCCUAUGAAGAUGGUGAGAAUGGCAUGCUUCGCUUCGGAAAAUGGCUUACGAGGAUCGAGUAUUUACAUUCCAAGGGACUUCUGCAUAGAGAUAUCAAACCAGAUAACUUCCUUAUGGGUCUUGGGAAGAAAGCAAAUCAGGUUUGUAUGAUUGAUUUUGGACUUUCCAAAGGAUAUAGAGAUCCUAUCAGCUACAAGCACAUUCCAUACAGAGAGAACAAAAACUUAACAGGAACUGCACGUUACGCAAGUUGCAAUACUCAUAAAGGAAUUGAACAAAGUCGCAGAGAUGAUUUGGAGUCUAUGGGUUAUGUUCUUUUGUACUUUUUAAGAGGAAGCCUUCCUUGGCAGGGUCUGCAAGCUUCCACGAGAACACAAAAAUAUGAAAAGAUUUGUAAAACGAAGUUAUCAAUUCGCACCGAGGUACUUUGUAAAUCGUAUCCUGUGGAGUUCGCUUCUUACUUUCAUUAUUGUCGUUCCUUGACAUUUGAUCAACGACCAGAUUAUGGAUAUUUGAGACGCCUGUUUCGUGAAUUGUUCACUUCUAAAGGAUGA